AUGAGUUGGAUUCUAAAGAACUCCAAUAUGAUCAACACAAUUAUGCAGUAUAGACUCCCAACAUUAAUGGUCCUCCAACUGGAAAAUGGACAACAUGUUUAUUUGGACGACUGUGUACAUAUUUGCCAAGGAUUGCGAGAAGAAUUUCAAAAGUUUGGUGAAGUGAUUCAUGCAGGGGUAGUAAUUGAUCGAGUCUUGAAGGCAUUGAAGGAAUGGAUGGCAAGUGGGAGAGAAUUUGUUACUAGAUUGGUUGGAAGUGCAGUGCCCAACAGUAAAAUCUCAAGGAGGAAGAUAAUGUGUCUUACCGAUGCCAAUAUUGUACACAGAAUACAUUAUGAUAUUAUCGGUCUAAAGAUAUGA